GUCCACAGGAGCCAUUAUUGGAUGUCCUUUGACUAAGAGAUCAGGUUUUUAACUUUAUUAUUAUGCCUUUGGAGAUGGAGUCCAAAAUGAGCAAACUGGCUUUCGGUUGUCAGAGAAGUUCCACCUCAGAUGACGAUUCUGGCUGUGCACUGGAGGAGUAUGCCUGGGUGCCCCCGGGCCUCAGACCAGAGCAGAUCCAGCUCUAUUUUGCAUGCUUGCCAGAGGAAAAGGUUCCUUAUGUUAACAGCCCUGGAGAGAAACAUCGGAUUAAACAGCUUUUGUACCAGUUGCCACCACAUGAUAAUGAGGUGCGGUACUGCCAAUCUUUGAGUGAAGAGGAGAAAAAAGAAUUGCAGGUGUUCAGUGCUCAGCGGAAGAAAGAAGCACUUGGAAGAGGAACGAUUAAACUUUUGUCCAGAGCAGUGAUGCACGCCAUAUGUGAGCAGUGUGGGUUGAAGAUAAACGGAGGGGAAGUUGCAGUGUUUGCCUCCCGUGCGGGCCCUGGAGUGUGCUGGCACCCAUCCUGCUUUGUCUGCUUCACAUGUAAUGAGCUGCUGGUCGACCUCAUCUAUUUUUAUCAGGAUGGAAAAAUUCACUGUGGCAGGCACCAUGCGGAGCUACUCAAACCACGGUGCUCAGCAUGUGAUGAGAUCAUUUUUGCUGAUGAGUGCACAGAAGCAGAGGGUCGCCAUUGGCACAUGAAGCACUUCUGCUGCCUAGAGUGUGAAACGAUCCUGGGAGGACAGAGGUACAUCAUGAAGGAUGGCCGCCCCUUCUGCUGUGGCUGUUUUGAGUCUCUCUAUGCAGAGUACUGUGAAACCUGCGGGGAACAUAUUGGUGUUGACCAUGCGCAGAUGACCUAUGACGGGCAGCACUGGCAUGCCACAGAAGCAUGCUUUUCCUGUGCCCAGUGUAAGGCCUCUCUGUUGGGAUGUCCCUUCCUUCCCAAACAAGGUCAGAUUUAUUGUUCAAAAACCUGCAGCCUCGGUGAAGACGUCCAUGCUUCUGAUUCUUCUGACUCUGCGUUCCAAUCAGCCCGAUCGAGAGACUCCAGAAGAAGUGUCCGAAUGGGUAAAAGCAGUCGAUCAGCGGAUCAGUGCAGACAGUCUCUCCUCUUGUCCCCUGCUCUGAACUACAAGUUCCCUGGUCUUUCCGGCAAUGCUGAUGAUACCCUUUCCCGGAAGCUAGAUGAUCUGAGUCUCUCCAGGCAAGGAGCAAAUUUUGCCAAUGAAGAAUUUUGGAAAGGGAGAGUAGAGCACGAAACCCCUGAAGACCCUGAAGAAUGGGCUGAGCAUGAAGAUUACAUGACACAGCUCCUCCUCAAGUUUGGUGAUAAAAGCCUCUUUCAGCAGCAACCCAGUGAGAUGGAUAUUAGAGCCAGUGAGCACUGGAUAUCUGAUAACAUGGUGAAAAACAAGACCGAGUUAAAGCAAAAUCAUCAGAGUCUUGCCAGUAAAAAAUACCAGUCUGAUAUGUAUUGGGCCCAGUCACAAGAUGGACUGGGCGAUUCUGCUUAUGGUAGCCACCCAGGCCCUGCAAGCAGUAGGAGGCUCCAGGAACUGGACCUGGACCACGGUGCUUCAGGAUAUAAUCAUGACCAAACGCAGUGGUAUGAAGAUUCCCUGGAGUGUUUGUCAGACUUGAAACCAGAGCAAAGUGUUCGGGAUUCUAUGGAUUCUUUGGCUUUGUCUAAUAUCACAGGGGCUUCAGUGGAUGGAGAAAGCAAGCCUAGGCCAUCACUAUAUUCUCUACAAAACUUCGAGGAGAUGGAGGCAGAAGACUGUGAGAAAAUGAGCAAUAUGGGAACUCUGAACUCUUCCAUGCUACAUAGGAGUGCAGAGUCCUUAAAAAGUCUGAGUUCAGAGUUGUGUCCAGAAAAAAUCAUGCCUGAAGAGAAGCCAGUACAUCUGCCAGUGCUCAGAAGAUCCAAGUCUCAAUCCAGACCACAGCAGGUCAAGUUUUCGGAUGAUGUCAUCGACAAUGGAAGCUAUGACAACAUUGAAAUCCGGCAGCCUCCAAUGAGUGAGAGGACUCGGAGGCGGGUUUACCAUUUUGAAGAGAGGGGAUCUAGGUCCCACCACCAUCGCCGCAGGAGAAGUAGAAAAUCCCGCUCUGAUAAUGCCCUGAAUCUUGUCACAGAAAGAAAAUAUUCUCCCAAAGACAGACUGCGGCUUUACACUCCUGAUAAUUAUGAGAAAUUUAUACAGAAUAAAAGUGCCCGGGAGAUCCAAGCAUACAUCCAGAAUGCUGAUCUCUAUGGACAGUAUGCCCAUGCCACAUCUGAUUACGCACUGCAGAACCCAGGAAUGAACAGGUUUCUGGGGCUCUAUGGUGAAGAUGAUGAUUCCUGGUGUUCCUCCUCCACUUCCUCCUCCGACUCAGAAGAAGAAGGGUAUUUUCUUGGACAACCAAUUCCUCAACCCCGGCCACAGAGAUUUGCCUACUACACAGAUGAUCUUUCUAGUCCAACUUCUGCACUUCCUACACCUCAGUUUGGUCAGAGGACAACUAAAUCCAAGAAGAAAAAGGGACACAAGGGCAAAAAUUGUAUCAUUUCUUAACUGAGUAGCUGUGGAGAUCAGUUGUUUAAAACUUAGCCAUUAACCUUUGGAAUCUUAUCUUUUUUCUUCCAUAGGAAAGUUGCUAAAAUAGUUUAAAGUGCUUUCUUCUCCCAUGUAAAUGAGAACCCUACUGCUGUUUACAGUGUCAGAUUAACAGUUGAAAGGUGUGAUUGCUCCAGUUUACCCUCCUUGGAUGGUGCCAGGUUAACGUGACAUGUGACAUCGGUGCCUGUGGCAGGUGCAUUACAGUUUCAAAUAGCUGCUUUGGUCUCCAAUCCACAAAAGAAUACUCAAACUCUCGAGAGGUGACUGGACCGGGGUGUCCAUUUAGAAGAUGGAGAACUCCAGCCACCUUUGUAAAGCAAUAGUGUUUGUCUUUAUGUACAUCAGGUUGGCUCAGGUCCUGACCAGUCUGUCUUGUUGUGAGGCAUGCACUUGUCACAGUGACCUAGCUAAUACUGUGCAUCCUAUUGUGUGAGGCCAACUUGUCCCCUUUCAGCCCUUAUUAGCCAGGUAAACAUUGUAUUGUAUUAGCUCCAGCU